GAUCAGCCGGUACUGUUUAGAUAAAAAGCCUAAUAUUCUGUGAAAUUCAGUAUGUAACAGAGAACUCUGUGAUGGAUGUAUUGGUGAUUUUUGAAGGACGAUCUUGAUAAGGACUACAGGAGUGGUAUUCAGAGUGUGUAGGAGAAGUGUGUUGUUAGAAAUGAUUUCCUGCUCCCCUUUGACGUGCAGGUCCUAAAAAUUCAAGGAAGGAUUUGGAAGUAGAGUUUGACAGGACUUUGAAGUUAAAAGUAGACUAAAGUAGAAACACCUAUAAAGACUUCUUCAGGAUUAGGAAAUUUGAUCGAGGUGUUUUGAAGUCCUUAGACUGUAUUGGCCAGGUGGGACACACAUAUUGACUUGACUUUGACGUCAGUGGAUCUCUCUUUUGUGGAUACAGAGUUUAAGGAGGCUAAUGGACGUUGCAAUUGGAAGAAGUUUGCUUUGGCUGUGAGACAGCUGUGUGUGGUUGAAAAAAACCUUGUCGAAACCUUGCACAAACUGUCUUUAUUUGAGUAAAAAUGGUUUACUGAUUUUUCUGUGUAAUAUUUCGACUGCUUGUACUACCGAGGAUAGGGGUACUGUUCGUACUCGAUUGAUACAGGUUGGUUACUUGUGACCAGUACUUUUAAAGUUUUUGAUAUCAUCCGUGAAAGUAUUCUGUAAGUGAUUCAUAAAUUGUCUCAGAUUUGGAAGUUACAAUUUCUUCGAUUUGGACAUAGAUGAAUCAGUCGACAAUAUUGGAUAGCUUAGAUAAUUUGGAUUACAAUUUUGGAUAGCUAAGGCAAAUUGGAUUUCAAUUUCGGAUAGCUAAGACAAGUUGGAUUGGAAUAUUGGAUAGCUAAGACAAAUUGGAUUUAAGUAUUGGAUAGCUAUUAGAUAAAUUGGGAUUACAGAAUUGGAUAGCUGAGCGGAAUAUAUUUUAUAGGACACAGGGUAACAGAAGACAAUCAUGGCCCAGUAUAGCCACAUGAAUAAGGAACUGCUGAGUAGGACGAAUCUAGAAACUCACAAACUUGACUUGAUGGCGGAUAUCUCAAGUUUGAAAAUUCGCUUAACGUCUGCUGAGAAAGAAGGAAGGGAUCAACAGGAGAAGUUACAUCAUGCACAAAGACACAUCGACGACUUGACAACAAAGCUGACAAAACGAGACUCUGAGAUUACAGAGCUCAAGAUCAAGUUAGCGAAAAAUGGCACAAUCCCGUCACAAGUUUCUUCACAAACGGCAGAUGAGACUGCAAUGUCUAAACUGGACAACCCCGAGAGUUGGCGAGAUUCUCUGGCCGAGUUAACGCGGACCAUCGAGAAGGAACACACGUUCGAUCGCUUACGGCGAAAACACUUAGAAGUAGAAAAGCUUCGAAAGGUCGUUGAGACCUUGAUGAUAUCGAAUGAAGAAAAGGAUGCAAAAAUAACUGAGUUACAGCGCCAUAUACGGAAAGUUGAAGAGGCGUUCCUGCACACGCCGGCCAAGAAAGCAACCGACAUCCUCGCCCUGCUCGACGAUGAUCGCCAUAGCGAUACCAGCUCAACGCCGUCAGUCAAUUCGGGAUCCAUUCGAGGGUUACCAAACGGUGAUCGUUACGAGCAUGAGCGCCACCUUAUGGCCCCCACAGCCACUAGCACCCCGGACGGACACCGCCUGCCUUAUCCAGGGUCCAUACCCAGUCCGUCGUCGACCAUCCACAGCUCGCCUAUACCCCACAAGUCCAGUAUUCCGUCAUCAGAGAGCAGUGGUUCACUCCCGGGGAAGAUACCACAGCAGAACAACCAAUUGAAAAAGCCCAAGACGGAUGAUUACAACAACGGCACCUAUGCAAACGGUCAGGAUGAAGCUUCGACUGUACCACGUAGAAAAAGUAACCGCUUUGCUUCAUUUGGAAAAGGCUUCCUAAAGCUGCGAUCGUCUGCGGGCAAACGAAGCACUUCUGCACCAAACCUAGCUCAAAGUGAGAAGGACGAGGAAGAUGAAGCCAUGAGGAGGCUGAAGGACGAACGCGCCCAGCAAUACAAAGCUAUGCAGAGUCUGCCCGACGGCAAAAAGAAAAAAGGCAUCAAAAAGAUAUUUGGAAAGAAAUCAAAAUCUACAUCACGGUUAAAAAGGAGUAAUUCAGAUGAGGACUUAGAUCGGGCUGGACAGCCGUCAUUUGUCCGUGGUGGUAUUCGAUCAACGGCAGGGCCUAGGUUGGGAUGGACGGUCAAUAACGACCUUGGUGUACCGUUCAGCCGGUGGGAUGGUGACAGAGUUGGUGCGUGGCUCCACGCCCUUGGCCUCAACAUGUAUGUCAGUGCCUGUCGCAAGUGGGUGAAAAACGGUGAGCAAUUGCUCAAAGCCUCGCCGCAUGAUUUUGAAAAGGAACUUGGCAUGAAGCAUCCGUUACACAGAAAAAAACUCCACUUGGCCUUACAAGCGAUCAGUGCUGAGCAAAUGGAUAAGAUGAGCGACUUGGACCACAAUUGGGUGACUCAGUGGCUCGAUGAUAUCGGUCUGCCGCAGUACAAGGACCAGUUUGUAGAAGCGAGGGUCGACGGUCGUGUGCUCCAUUAUCUUACUGUGGACGACCUAUUGCAACUUAAAGUGACGAAUGCCCUCCAUCAUAUCAGUAUAAAACGUGGUAUACAGGUGCUCCGGUUGAAUAACUUCAACCCGAAUUGUUUUAAGAGGCGGCCGGUCAGGGAUGAGGGUCCGAUACACAACUCUCCUGAAGAAGUGAUGUUAUGGACGAACCAUCGUGUUAUGGAUUGGUUGAGAUCGAUCGAUUUGUCUGAGUAUGCUCCUAAUAUGAGGGGGAGUGGCGUUCAUGGUGCUCUUAUGGUCUCCGAUCCUGCGUUCACAGCGGAUCUCCUCGCAAGUUUACUCUCCAUCCCGAGCGCCAAGACUUUACUACGGCGCCACCUUAAAACACACUUCGUAUCGCUGAUUGGUAACGAGAUGCAAACUAAGAAACGAGAGCAUGAAGCGUGUGAGUCUUAUAUGCCCCUCACGCCGAAUAUGAAAAUCAAGUCAAAGAAACAUGGUAUUUUUGGUCACAAGCGAAGUAAAUCUGAAACGGACUUCGAUAUUUACGUCUGUCCGAUGGACAUACAGGGACCUGCGGGCCAGAACCGAGUCCGCAAUGGAGUGCCCGCAUACGCAAUAAACAGCCGUGAGAACGGAAGCACGGAUCCGUCAGUUAAAAAGUCUCGGCAGCUCGGAGAAAUCAAAGAAGUGCCUGUAAGAGAGGAGAGAGCUGCGAAGGAGAUAGGUGCAUAUUCUCAUGAAAUAAACACACUAACACACAUGCUUGCCCAUGAGAACUUCCUGGAGGACGACAACCUUCCAACGUCUGACGUGUAACAACAAAUCGAUCGUGUACAGACUUUUUUACGACACACCUCAUGAAGGCUUACCGAGAUUAUCUCCGCAUGAGUACCUUAGUUUAAACUGGAUUGAUUGACGAUUAUCUCCACACGAGUAAUUUAGUUAAACUGGAUGGAUUAACAAUGGGCUGCAGUCACUUAAACCCUGUAUUGACAUUUUUGACAUGUAGCUGAGUGAAUCUGCAAGAGAGACUUUGGAAAUUUCACAAACCUGUGAUGGCCUCAAAACUGUAGGAAAGAAAAUGGAAAUUUAUUGAACAAAUUGAUGUGAAUUCCUUCAAAUCCUGAUCAGUAAAUCAUUUUUGUCACCCUGUAGAAUACAUGUAACAGUUUGCUAUGUCCUUGGGCUGAGAAAACUCACUUGUUUUGUAAAAAAUGACCUUCCCUCGAGUUCAUGCUUUCAACAGAUAUGUUUAUUAAUUUACAACUUAAAGUACUGCAUUUGGUCUUUUUUCAGUUCUUUAAGUUUGUUUGGAACAUUUUUCAGUUACCUCAAGUUUUGUUGACAAGACUUUUGGUUAUCUAAAGAUGCGAGGAUAAUUUUGUCUUAUGAACACAUUUAAAGGAUGAUAAGCUUAACUGAGCGUAAUAUUUUCUCUUAUGAACACAUUUAAAGGAUGAUAAGCAUAACUGAGCGUAAUAUUUUCUCUUAUGAACACAUUUAAAGAAUGAUAAGCAUAACUGAGCAUAAUAUUUUCUCUUAUGAACACAUUUAAAGAAUGAUAAGCAUAACUGAGCCUAAUAUUUUCUCUUAUGAACACAUUUAAAGGAUGAUAAGCUUAACUGAGCGUAAUAUUUUCUCUUAUGAACACAUUUAAAGGAUGAUAAGCAUCACUGAGCCUAAUAUUUUCUCUUAUGAACGUCAGCACAACUGAGCACAAAAUGACUACGCUCUCGUAAAAUAUGUUUUCGGGUGACUGAACAACUUCAUGAUAAACAGAAAAACGGAAAAAGUCUAACAAAUGGAGAAAAUAAUCGGUCAACAGAAAACGCUAGUAUUGCUAGUCAUCCUUUAACACCAGAAAAUUUCCAAAUUUUUGGUACAUGAUCAGUUUUUAAGAUAAAAUUACUUAAUUUUGAAAUUGAUAGUUGGUAUGUUUGUCCAGCAUGCCUAUUCAUUUCAGAAAUGUUUUAAGUUCGAUUAUAUUGUGCAUUGGUUUUAUUUCUCAGGGGUUGCCUGAUUGUGAAAAUUUAAAAUCCAAAAUUUUUUUGCAAUCAAAUGUCUCUAAAGGAGAGAACUUGGAGAAACAUUUGUGGCAUUCUGAUCAGUUGUGAAAUAAAAUCCAUGCACAUACUGUAAACCGGGAAAUUUUCGCUUGCGUUUUAAUUUCGCGUGUUCAUGAUCAGCAAAAUCUGCGAAAAUAAAAAUGCCGCAAAAAAUAAACAUUGACUAAAUUGCUGUUACAGUGUUGUCAAAACGCGAAAUUAAAACUACGCCAAAUAUGCAAUUUCGUAAAAACCGUGAACAGUAAUACCCGCGAAUAUUUCCCAUUUUACUGUCAACAAUAUUUGUAUGGACCUGUUCCAUUUGACCAAGUCCAUGCACUUUCUAUGUAAGUUCUAAGUUCCUUUGUGUAAAACCAAAAAAACGUUCAUCAAUUCUUGGAUGAACUAAUCUGCCAGAUCAUACAAGUAAUACAUGUCUUUAGCUCUCUGUGUUCACUUGUAUAUUUAGCCAGAUUUUAUAGUUACGCUAAGGAAUUUAGAAUUUCUGUGAUUCCUUUUAGGACUUAUGACAUAUCCUUUCAUACCAAGAACCUUCAUUGGAAACAUUUAGAUUUUCCAUGUCUGUUAACCUUGAGUGCCUAACGACGUAUAUUAACGUCUUUUGCACCAAACUGUUUGGUGCCCAAUGACGUAUUUCUACGUCUUCUACACCCAAUCAUUGGAAUUUCUUUUGUUUCAGUAUCAGACAUUCUUGGUUGUCACUAGAACCUCUCUAGUAAGGACAACCUUGGGGCUGAAAAAUGCUGUCCCUACUUGAGAAGUGUCCUGAUUACAGAGGUCAAAUUCAAUAGGAAUGACCAAUUCGGGACAAAAUGCAUUGUCCUUAGUAGAGAGGUUGUCCACAAUAGAGAGGUGACCGCUUAAGUAGGAUCAACUGUAUAUCAAAGUCCUUCGAGGAAUCGUUUCGUGAUAUUAAUGAAGAACCAGAACUCGUCUCUUCCAUGAAGAACGAAGCCUCUUUCUUCAUUUAUAAUUCAUGAUGUUGUUCUUAACCCUUUUCAGACGAGAGUUCGAACGGAAAAAAAAAUUAGACCUAAGUACUCUCUCAAAAAGUGCUUUCAUUUUCUGACAACCUCGUUUUUGAUGAUUUUGAGAACAUUCGAAAGAAAUUUUCCAAAAAUUACCUUAAGGUUGAAAAGGGUUCAGAUAUUUUGAUUUUACAUUUAUUUUAAGGACAUUUUCAUGAAGACAAUUUGAAAAUUGUCUUCGUGAAAUGCUUCCUUUAAAUCAUGUGUAAGACACAAUCUGUUGAAAGCUUAAGCUGCAACCUGCGACAAUUAUCGCUUCGAUGAGCGAUGAAACUUUUGCUCAUCUGCGGUAUGUUUCUGGGCUUUGCUGUUUUAUUUCUUGACAAGAUUCGCCAAAAGAUCUUGUAAGAUUUAUAAUACCAGGGUUUUCUUCGAGGGAAGGUCAUAUUUCUUAGAUAUGUUUUUAAAGUCCUGGAUAUCUUUAUCAUAUAGUUUUGACUGGGGACAUCAGUUUUCUAGACAGAUGUGGCCAAAGAUUCUUUACUAAACUGUUAUAGUGUGAUCACAAAUAAUAAUGUUACACAGCCCCGGGCAGCCGGUGUCAUAGUUGACCAGCUUUUGUUGACACCUUGAAAGACCUUGACUCUGUUUUUAAGUCGGGGAAGAAUAUUGGCUAAUAAUGGGAACUACAGGGUUGCCUAUAGGUUAAUGCCGGACAGUUGAGCCAAGCAGAGAAAAGCCGAGGAAUUUGAAACAGAGCAUUACUGUUUAGCAUUGGUAAGGCCUGUGAACUACUUCAAAAUCGUUUUUAAACAUGUUAAAAGAGUAUUGGCAAUGAUGGCACUUCACUUCCUUACUCAACCCGAUCUUAUCAAAUUUUGAACACAAAUAAGCAUCUGACGUAGAUCUACGUAGGAUGGCCCGGAUAUGUUAAGUGGUUUGACGUAGAACUACGUCACCUGCUGCAAACGGUGUUAAAAAAAAUAUCUAAUAAACUCUGGUCAGAUUUAUAUAAAAGUGGUAAAGGGAGGUUGUCUUAAUGGACAUAAUUAUCAUAUUGUAUGAGGCAUUUUCAUAAUUCAUUAUAAUCAUAUGUAAAUAUGCGCAUCUCAUUAUUAAUAUAAUGUAAAUAAAACAAAAUAAACAAGUCAACUUGUAUGCUGACAGUCCCUGAUGAUCAUGUUGUAUCACCUCGUCCCAGGUACAUAAUAUCCUAUCUUCGCAAUAGGAAUGCAUGCGGGGUAGGGCACCUGGGUAUGAGGUUAUGCAACCAAGUCAUUCGGGCACUCUUGUAGAAUGGUGGAUACUUGGUGAAGGGUUAAUUACAUAAAUUGACGAGAAAUGCUAAUCAUCAUUUGAAAAUGAAGUCGGUUCUGAAGAGUGUUUCAAUAAAAGCGCUUUUCACCUUCUCUCUAUAUGCAAUAAAUAAUAAACAUGUAAAUGGAUUGUCCACCAUACAACAUGGCCCUUGUGGAUCGGUGUAGAAAGGUCUUAGAUUAGGCCAUACAAAUUAAUUUCACGAUUCUCAUCACUCGGAUUUUAAAAAUUGGUCGGAGGGGAAUUAAGAUUUCUUAAAUUUUGUCUAUUGGUUGUUUGAGAUGAGACUUUUUGCAUUGAUAUGUAGGCACUACUUAGGCCAAGAAUCAAUAAAGACUAGUCUUUAUUAAUUCUUGUAUCCUUGACGAGGGGUUGUACAAGUAACACAUUGAUAGUUGCAUAAGCCAGAUAAAUUCUUCGGUAAAAUUCUCAUCAAUGCCUCAAGGCACUCAAGGCUAAUUUCAAUCGUAAUAUGUAAUUUUCAGUAUAAUUUACAUCUUACAUAUUGGGUGAUAUGAAUAAAGACUAGCAAAUGCUUUUACUUCAGUUUUGUACAGAGAGGCCAAGUGUAAAUGUACAUGGAGUUUUAGAUAAAAGCAUUUACUACUCUUUAUUCAUAUCACCCAUUGUCUCCUUAAUCUAAGCAUCUUCCAAAAAAAUUUUAAUAUCCUCAGUAAGUUCACAUAAGUCAUUAUUGAAAUGAUCAUUCAACAUGAUGAAUACUUAUACCAAAAGUGUAUGGGCUUGCUUGCAUAUUUUUGUUGAUUAUACUAAUUAUAAUAAACUUAAUUGUGUCUACCACUUUUAUCAGUAUGUCUGCCUUGUGUCUGUCAUCAACCAGACAAAUUGGUUUUCCAUUCGCAGUAGAACCUCUCUAUUAAGGACACCCAUUGGAUGACAGAUAUUGUCCUCGAUUGGGAGGUGUCCUGAUUACUGCAUUCAAGACUCAUUUUGAUUCAAAACCUUUCUAUUAAGGACUCCCAUUGAAUGAACGAUAUGUCCUUGAUGGGGAGACGGCCCGAUUACAGAAUUCAAAUUGUAUCUAGAAGACUCAUUUGGGAUCAAAACCAGUGUCCCUAAUAGAGAGGAUGUCUUGCUAACAAAGGUGUCUGCUAGGGAGGUUCUCCUGUCCUUGUAUUUAUUUCUUCCACUACUCCUUAAAUAGUUCUUCCUUAUUUGAUAUUGGAAUUGAAAUAAGACAAUUUGAUUGACUGCUAAGAAUAACAUGAGAGAGCAUUGAUCUCUCAUUGGUCUAUCCCGGCUUCAAAAAACCCUGCAUCCUUAUAGCAUAUUCACAUGUAUUAUCAUUGAAACUUGUGACCCCCAGGUCGUGAGAUUUGUAAAAAAUAAAAUCCAUGUGAAAUUUUCACUGUUCCAGGUAUGUCUGAAAACAUGAAUGGAAGAAUAGCAUUCCGCGAAGUUACUAUUUAUAGCUCACAAGGGCAUUUGAAUAAGAUAUUGAUGACAUUUUAGUCACGUGACAGUCGGACUUCGACACUUAUUUCUACGCAUUUGAGCUUAUUUCAAAGUCAAUUAUCUUUGACCCUGCAUUGUUUUUAGCAUGAAUGAUACCAUAGAGUCAGAGAGAGAAAUAUUCAGAACAAUUAUGUAGUAUUUCCAACACUUGAACAUGUGCCAGAUUGAAUCUAACUGCCCUCGUUAGAAAGCCUGAAUCCAUUACGAAACCGCAUGUUUGUCCGACAUUGCCUGUAAUUCAGCGAUGGGGAAAGAGAGGGCAGCAGCUGCAGUGACGUUAUCUUCGCGGAAUGCUAUUAAACAUGAAAUGUACUUUGUUCGGAAGCAAUAUUUGCAUGACGUUUAUUGUCUAUUGAUGAUAAACCACUUCACUACAAGACGUAUUUUAGUCCUUCCAAGGAGCCGCUGUGGUGUAGUGGCUUGGACUCUCGACCAGCGGUCAAGAGGUCCCGGGUUCGAUCCCCACUGUCGGCGUGAGACUGUAGGCUGGUCUCUCUGUCUUACUUGCCUCUCUGCACCCAGGUGUAUCAAUGGGUACCGGUCAGAAAUGCACAGAUUAUAGCGCUGGUUGAGCAGCUCAUCUGUGGUCUACUGAAAGGUUUCAGGACAGACCGGGGUUAAACUGAAAGUCGAAUGAUAACCUAUAUCGUAGUUGAUAUCAGACUACAAACCCUAAACUUUAACUUUAAACUUUAACUUCAAACCUUCAGAGUGUCAUUAUACGCUGGACAGUAGUGAAAGAUCCCAAUUAUCGAUAACGAGUAAGGAUUACAUGUAUUACUUUAAUAAUGACAGGUUUUCAUACCUGUAAAACUGGUGAUUUUUAUGAUGUUGAUAACAUGUAAAGGAAUAAACUAUUUUGUA